AUGGUCACGACGGUCCCCUUCCUCCUCUCUUCUCCUGCGCUGUGGUGUCCGAUUUCUCUAGGGUUUCUAAUGAUCAUUGUGUGUGUGUGUGUGCGCGCGCGUUGUGACGACUUCUGUUGAAUUUUAGGCGGACGGGGAGGAAGAGCUGGAGCCCCUUUUCGAUUACAGUCGGGUGCAGCCGGCGGAUUUUCUGGCGGUCGAAGAUGGUGCGGCGUCCGCACUUCUCCGUCUCUUUCCCUCGUAUUUUAGUUUCUGUCGAAGUCUGUUUCUUAGUUGUGGUCUUGCAUUUUCAUUUACUCUCGGCCCCGUGUUCCAAUGAGCUAGAUGAUGAGCCGGAUUCUUCUCCGUGCUUCCCGAAUGCGAAGCGUAGGAAAUGUGCUAGCGCCGCGGUGAGUUGUUAGGUUAAUCCUAAAAUUUUGCUCUUUUUUUUGUGGGGUUUGUGAUUCUCAUUCCAAAUUUCUUUGUGUUUCUUACACUGAGUAUGAUGGUUUUAGUUGAAGGGAAAUAGUGAUAAUAAAGUCGUGCGCCUGGAAGAUGAUAUGCGAGAGGAGGAAGAAGAAGAAGAUUGGUUGCCGCCUCCCCCGCCACAAAUAAGAGAUGCCUCCUUGGACUUGGCGGAGGACGAAACUAUACAAAAGCUGAGGUGUGUUGUGAUUUUUCUUCCGAAAUAUGAAAACUCAAUUUCUCCUUUACUCGUCUAGUUGGCGUAAGAAACUCGAAAUAAGUCACUCGUUUAGUCUCUCUUCAGGUUUUUUGCUUGUGUAGGUUCGAUACAACCAAGAUUAUUUUCCCUACAUUGCCUUUUUAAGAUAUAUAUACCUUGGGAUUAAAUGUGAACAUGGAAGUUUUCUUGUUUCAGAGCUACAGUUUCUCUCAGAGUCAUGUCUUGUCUUGUCUUGUCUUGUGAACCGGUGGAUCGUUGAAUUUCACGUACAUCUUUUCUAUUUGGUUCUCAUCUGACAAUAUUGAAGGAUUCUCCCUUCUUCAGGAGUCGGAAAAGCGGUUCUACGCUUGUUGAAUACUUUUUGGUCAGUUUUGAAAUGUACUUUUUGUUAAGGCGUGGUGACAGUAUAGAACAAAAAUAUCAUGGUAAAUGACCAAGAAACGUAACAAUGGAUAUCUUUCAAGAAUAAACAUGGUGAUAGAGAUGAACAUUAUUUCCUACAGAUUCUUGUGGAUAUGCAUACAAGCAACUACAUGGAUAGGAGCUACAUGCAUGCUAUUUCUAUCUAUCACAUUUUUUUCUAUUUGGUGGGGAGGGGAGGACGGUAUAGUAAAAAUGAGGUUUUGGUUUGAUCAAAGAUGGUAAAAAUCAUUCACAAAUAAAAUGGAGGCCAAUUGCGUUCUAGUUACGAGGAAUGAGAUUUUGAAAUUCAUCCGGAAAAUACAUAUUUUAUACUGGAAUAAGAGUGUUUGAUUAUUCAAGAGGCAUGAGACAGAUAUGUUUCUAACGAUUAGUCACAUAUUUCUAAUGUGUUUAUUCGAAAAUCAAAGGCCCGUUGUUGAGUAUUUGAAGACAACUAAAAUAUUUCGGGAUGCAUACUUUGGAGAGCAUUAGGAGUCUAGGGGAGCCUACUUAGUUUUUAUAUUGUUGAAGCUUGCUCUGGAGUGGAUGCAUACUUAGUCUCUAUAGGCCCUCAUAUUUGCUUAACAAGUAACUUCUUCUGUGUAUUGCACCCUGAUAUGGCCAACCAAUUGUAUCAUGUGCGAACUCGGAUUGAAUGUGAAAGCUUCCUUACCAUUUUCUAAAAUCCCCGUCUUUCAAGAGGUCUCGAGAUGCGAUUGGGACAAAGAAUGAGAUGAGGAGGGAGGAGGAGGGGUAGAAGAAAGGGAUUGGAGAAGGCAGAAGAUUAGUGGAAAAAGAAUGGGGAUGAAAAGGAGCAGGAAGUGGAAAGGAAGCAAUAUCAAGAACCGGAGGAGGAGAAAGAUAAGUAAAAAAGGCAGAAGCAGAAAAAAUGGAAUUCGCUGUGAGGAUAGGAGAGAGGAAGUGGUGGACUCUUCUCUACGCACUGAGAUUCCUCUGUGACCGACAGUGAUCCUUGAGUGCGAGAUAUCUCAGAAGUUUUCAUAGCAUGAUAAGUUUCUGUUACCAGAUGAAGUGACUUUUGGUUGGCCAAACCUUUUUUCUUUCCACAUGCCAUGGAUGAUGAUGGAUAGCAUAUCAUAAGGGUAAUGUUGUCACCCCCCCCCCCCUCUGUUUGGGUUAUGGUUUUGUUUGAAUAUAAAAUCUUAGUUUAUUGAGGUAUGUUUUGUGGCAGAGUGAGAGAAAAAGAAUAUGAGCCCGUCUUGCUUCAUGCUCAAUAACAUUAACAUAAAUAAAAAUAUCAGUCUCUGAAUAUUUAUUUUAAGUAACAGUGUGGAAAAAGCUGUAGCGGUAUUGUUUAGGUCUAGAUGACAGAUCCCCUAAAGAAUGCAGAAUCUGGGACACCAUGGUAAAAUUGACUUCCACCAAAGGUUCCUGUGGUCAUUGGCCUGUUUCUUUCCAUCCCAUUAAAAGAAUCGAAGAUAGGCAUUAGCGAGAAAAUAGCAAUGUACAGUCUGUACUUGUGAUUGCCAUUUCAUGGCAUGCUGUUCUUUAAUUAUUUUUUCCCCAAUCAUAAUCGAUUCAAGUAUUUAUUAUUGUAUUAUAUUACUCCAUAUUGCGGCUUGCAGUUUUUUUAAGAUAUUAUAUCAAGAGCUACCUUGUCUAGCAUAAUCACAGGUAUCCUUUCAGGCCCAGAAAAUGAAGGCAUUAAGAGAAACUUGUAACGUUUCCGAUCGAACAAGCAUUUUUGUCAUCUGUAUGGUUGUCACCAUGGUUUUCGGUUAUAUAUGAUAGUUAAGUUUUAGAUGGUGUCGGAUUUCACUUCCGCUGGUUUAAGCAUUCCACAGUUGACUAGUUUGUAUCAGCGUUAGUGAAGGUUUUUUGAGUUUUGCUGAUCGUGUGCCAACUCCACUGCAUCUUGGAUGAAUCUGGGUUGACUUGAAUUCCUCCCUUGGCGACCUGCUGGUUAAUGAGUUUAACAGCUUCUUUUGUGUUCAAUGUGUCAUAUUGAUUCUGCAUAAUCACGUAUGAUUUGAGAAGUAGGUUGAAAAAGCAGGAACUGGCAUCGUUUGCCUGGUCAGCGGAAGAUGUGAUGAGAGCAGUAAUCGAAUCCGCUAAGAAGGAGCUGAACAGCUCUGAAAAAUCUGAUGAUCCAGAAGUUGAAGCGGAGGAACCAGUAAAACAAAACGUGGACAGACCCAAAAUCCUCAUCUCUAUUCAAGACAAAGACGGGCAUAAGCAAUUCCGUGUGUACAAGGUAAUGGCUUUAGGUUACCAAAUUUAUUUAUUUAUUAUUUUAUUUGCAUCUGUUGGAAUUACUUAGGUGAUGAAUGUAUAGAAAGAAAUAAUUAUCGGUACUGUGAUUAAAAAAGAAAAACUUAUGUUGUUUCAAAAUCAAUUAUUUUUCUUCUAAAAAUUUUAAUUUCUCGUUUCCAGUGUUUUUUUUUUCAAACUCUAAGCUCUUUCAUCUGUUCAUGUCAUAGAAAUAUGAAAAUUUAGUCAGAAAUCAAUCUCUCAUUCAUUAGAUUCAUAAAUUUUAUGUGAAAACGAAAUCUAUCUUUACUUUCUUCUCAUAAAGUUUACAAAACCACUCAUCGUCACAAUCUCCCGCUUCUGGAUGAUCAAGGAAGGAGUUGACUUAAACGUAGUGAUGGGCAGUGAAAAUCUUCCACAUUUAGGGCGAAAUGAACCCACUGGAGAUUAUUUAAGAUCAGAGGGAACGAAACCUGAGAAAUUAUACCAGAGAAAUCCAGUUCAAGUGCCUUCCAGACUCCUUCCUAUCUGGGAAAUAGUUGACUUCUUGCCAUCAUCCGUUCCCCAUUACUCGGAUCCGAAGAAGCCAGAUUUCAGAAGAAGUCAAACCAGACCUGGUCGAUGGUCUGGUUUGACUUCUCCGAACAAAGUGGAUAAAAUUGUGAGUCGUGGGUUUGAACGAGGAACCUCUGUCUUGUAGAGAGAUGAAUCCAAUGCAAGCGGUCUUUCUCUGUCUGUGGUAGCAGGACGACAAGUUUGAGAGGCUCUUCAAGAUGUACGCCGGCUGGGCCAAGUGCGGACCCGAGAGCCUGGUCUUCUGCUUCGAUGGGAGUAAGAUCAGCCCAUCCGCAACCCCGGCGAUCCUCGGCUUGGAGGACGACGACAUGAUCGAGGUGCAUCUCAAGAACCCUAACUAG